AUGAGUGAACUCUCCCAGCUUCCCUCAGACACCGACAACGAGGGUAAGCCUCCGAGAUGGCGCCAUUGGUGGGACAGAGUUGCGACGCCUAGCAGCGGCGAUGAUUCCCCACCGCCGGUGGACAACACGGAGGAAUAUGAGGCUGUGGAGGAGGAGGAUGAGGAGGCUGAGGAGACGACAGUGUCGGCGGCCCGCGCGAAGGCAGAGACGGAAGCGAAAGCGAAGGCCAAGGCAAAGGCGCAGCCGGCGAGCACCGUUGACAACGAGAAGGACACAAGUUCCUCCGACGCGUCGAACGACACCGCCUUUUCGGAAGAGUGCCUGCCUGGAGUAGUAGGCUACUGGUCAGAGCCAGAGCCAGACCAAACACGCGACGCACAGUCGAAACACAGACAGCGACCGAGCGCAAGGCCCAAACGAGGAAAGCCAACCGUCGACACUCGGCGCGGCGCGGCGGCCCGGUCGGAGACGGCGGCGAUGGACCCGCGGAGCGGCUACUGCGCCGCCACGCGCGUCUUCCGGAGCAAGCGCGCCGACGUGCCGCUGCCGGCCGACCCGGACCUCGACGUCGUCACCUUCCUCGCCACCCGCCGCCACUCGGGCGUCGUCGCGCUCGUCGACGCCGCCACGGGCCGCACGACCACCUUCGCCGAGCUCUGGCGCGCGGUGGCCGGGGCCGCCACCGCGCUCUCCGCGCCGCCCUUCUCCCUGCGCAAGGGCCACGUCGCGCUCAUCCUCUCCCCCAAUUCCGUCCACUUCCCCGUCGCCGCGCUCGCCGCCAUGUCCCUCGGCGCCGUCGUCACCACCGCCAACCCGCUCAACACCGCCGCCGAGAUCGCCAAGCAGGUCGCCGACGCUUGCCCCGUGCUCGCCUUCACCACCCGCGACCUCCUCCCCAAGCUCCCCCGCUCCGCCCAAGCCGACCUCAAAAUCAUCCUCCUCGAACCCGCCCACGACCACCGCCUCCCCACCACCAUCGACCCACGAAUCAUCGCCACCAUCGACGAGAUCUCCGCCACCACGCCCAACCCAUCCCGCCGGCGCGACCGCGUCACGCAGGACGACCAGGCCACGCUGCUCUACUCCUCCGGCACGACGGGGCCCAGCAAGGGCGUGGUGGCCACGCACCGGAACCUCAUCUCCAUGGUGCAGAUCGUGAUGAACCGCUUCCGCCUCGACGACUCGGCGGACGCCACGGAGACCUUCCUCUGCACGGUGCCCAUGUUCCACGUCUACGGCCUCGUCGCCUUCGCCACGGGCCUGCUCGGCUGCGGCGCCACCGUCGUCGUGCUCUCCAAGUUCGAGCUCCCCGAGAUGCUCCGCUGCAUCACCGCCUACGGGGUCACCUACCUGCCGCUCGUGCCGCCCAUCCUCGUCGCCAUGGUCGCGCACCCCAAACCUCUACCCCUCGGCAACCUCCGCAAGGUGCUCUCCGGAGGCGCGCCGCUCAGCAGGGAGCUCAUCGAGGGGUUCAGGGACAAGUACCCGCGGGUGGAGAUCCUGCAGGGGUACGGCCUAACCGAAAGCACGGCCAUCGGCGCCUCCACGGACUCCGCCGAGGAGAGCCGCCGGUACGGGACGGCCGGCCUCCUCUCGCCCAACACCGAGGCCAAGAUCGUCGACCCGGACUCCGGCGAGGCGCUGCCGGUCAACCGCACCGGCGAGCUAUGGAUCAGGGGACCAUACGUCAUGAAAGGCUACUUCAAGAAUGCAGAGGCAACACAAUCCACAGUGACACCUGAUGGGUGGCUCAAGACUGGUGAUCUCUGCUACAUAGACGAAGAUGGGUAUCUCUUCGUGGUGGAUCGUCUGAAGGAGUUGAUCAAAUACAAAGGAUAUCAGGUUCCCCCGGCAGAGUUGGAAGCUCUUCUGCUGACACAUCCAGACGUUACUGAUGUGGCUGUUAUCCCGUUUCCGGACAGAGAGGUCGGUCAGUUCCCGAUGGCCUACGUCGUGAGGAAGAAAGGGAGCAACUUGUCAGCGGCCGAGGUGAUGGAGUUUGUGGCGAAACAGGUAGCGCCUUACAAGAAGGUCAGGAAGGUGGCGUUCGUGACAGACAUCCCCAAGAAUGCAUCCGGCAAGAUACUGAGGAAAGAUCUUAUCAAGCUCGCGACAUCCAAGCUCUGAAAGUGAUUCAUCUUUUGCCCUUUGGGGAUGUCAAUGCUCUGCAUUAGCUUUGGCUCAUCAUCAUUGUACAAUUAGCUCCCCUUUGCCCUUUGUCCAAGUAUAACUGAGUAUCUACCUGUAACUGAAGGAUCUCGGCAGCUUCAUACAUAAAUGAAAGUUGUACAUAUACACAA